AAAUGAUUUCUCAUUAUCAUUAUCUUCCAAUUCUCAGCUGCCACUGGAUUUGAAGAAGAAGAAAAUAAAAUGAAGAAGUAUGGUUUGCAGCUUAGAUUUCCGCCAUCACAGCAGAAGAAGCAGCCGACAAGACCUCCCAUCCCCCCUCCUGGAUUCCGUGAUGAUGAUGAAGAUGACGUUGAAAAGGAGAUUGCUCGGCAUGCUAGCAAGAACAAGUCACUCAAGGAUGUUGAAGAGCAGCACAAGAAAGCCUUGGAGGAGGAUCCCUCAAUCUUUGACUAUGAUGGCGCAUAUGAUGCAAUGAAAGCGAAGAUUGCCCGCCCUAUUGCACAAGAUCGCCAAGAGAGAAAGCCAAAAUAUAUUCAUACACUUAUAGAGAAAGCUAAAGAACGAGAACGGGUACAUGAGGUAAUAUAUGAGAAGAAACUUGUAAAGGAGAGAAGCAAAGACGACCACCUUUAUGCAGGCAAGGAUAAGUUUGUCACUAGUGCUUACAAAAAGAAACUCGCAGAACAGGCAAAAUGGUUGGAGGAAGAACGGUUGCGUGAACUUCGUGAAGAAAAGGACGAUGUUACGAAGAAGAGUGAUAUGAGUGAUUUCUACUUCAACCUCUCAAAGAAUGUGGCUUUUGGUGGUGGCAAAACUACUGAAUCUGGGAAGGCAGAGAAGCAGGAAGAAAAUACUUCCGGCUACACUUCAGAGAAAGAUGGCCUUACAAUGACAAAGCCGCCUUCAAUCAAUGACAAGGAGGCAGAGCUGGAUCAAGUUGACACUGCUACUAUCUCUGAGAAAAAGUUGGAACCUUCGGAUGGGAAGCCAGGGCCAGGGCUUGAUUCUUCCCCACAAGACAAUGAUGCAGCCAAAAACCCAUCGUCUGAUCAAGCAAAGCAGGACCAUCAUAAAAGAACUGAGGAUGCACUUGCUGCUGCGAAAGAACGCUUUUUGGCUCGCAAGAAAGUGAAAGUCAGUAGUUAAAAGCAUGUUGUGUUUCUUUUGAACCAGCUGCCGCACCGGUCUAGCAUGUUAU